GCUGCGACAAGGACCUCCCCUUUAACCGCGGCGGCUCCGCGCUCCGCGGCCCCCGCGGCGGCUGCUGCUGCGGCUGCGGCUGCUCCUGCGGCUCCUGCUGCCGCCGCCGCUCGGCCUCCGGCAGCCGCAUGCUCGGCCGGGCCGGGUCCCGCCAUGGUGUCCUGGAUCAUCUCUCGUCUGGUGGUGCUCAUCUUUGGCACCCUGUACCCAGCCUAUUCUUCCUACAAGGCCGUGAAGACAAAAAACGUGAAGGAAUAUGUGAAGUGGAUGAUGUACUGGAUCGUCUUUGCCUUCUUCACCACAGCUGAGACGCUCACAGAUAUCGUGCUCUCCUGGUUCCCAUUCUACUUUGAGCUCAAGAUCGCUUUUGUGAUAUGGCUGCUGUCCCCUUACACCAAGGGCUCCAGCGUGCUCUACCGCAAGUUCGUGCACCCGACACUGUCCAACAAGGAAAAGGAGAUCGACGAAUACAUCUCACAGGCCCGAGACAAGAGCUACGAGACCAUGAUGAGGGUGGGCAAGAGGGGCCUGAACCUGGCCGCCAACGCAGCGGUCACAGCAGCAGCCAAGGGCCAGGGCGUGCUGUCAGAGAAGCUCCGAAGCUUCAGCAUGCAGGACCUCACCCUGAUCCGGGACGAGGACGCGCUGCCCCUGCAGGGGCCUGACAGCCGCCUCCGACCCGGCCCCGGCAGCCUCCUGGACACCAUUGAGGACUUAGGAGACGACCCUGCCCCGAGUGCGAGGCCCAGCGCAAACCAGGCAGAAGCCCGGCCAGAGACCUCGGAGGAGGAUGCGGGGGACAAGGCUCCUAAGAGGGUCAAAUCGAACAAAAAAGUGCCCAAAGCUGAGCCACUGGCUUCCAAGACACUGAAGAGCCGGCCCAAGAAGAAGGCCUCUGGCGGGGGCGACCUGGCGUGAGGUGCCAGCCCCCCACCGGCUGCACCCACGAAUCUCAGGCCCCAGAACCCCUCACAUGGCUGUUUCCAGUGCCUGCCCAGUGACCCCUCCCCUGGAAAGCUUGUAAAAGAGGAGGGAGACCCUGCUGUGGGCGGGUUGAGGGUAGAGACUGGACCGGAGCUGAGGACCGGGGGAAGGAGGUGGGGCCGCUCGGAGCCCGAGUUCUCCCCGUCCCGCCCUCCCCACCCAGUGCCUUGCUGAGGGCCACGGCCAUGCCCUCCCUGAGGUCCCCACACGCCCACUGCUCUCCCUGGGUCACGUCGGGGAGGGGCAGGCUGACCGGAGACGGCCCGAAGGCACUGGGGGAGGGAGGGCCCGGGCAGGGGUCAGCCGGGCAGGGGGUGCGGAGCGGAGGGGCUGUGGGCGCCCAAGUGGGCCGCGGCCAGGCCGGAGCCGCAGCUGGGGCCCAGGCACCAGGCGGGGGUGUGUGUGCAAUGACUGUGUGCACGUGCACGUGCAAGCGCACCUUCCUGGAGCGCCAGCUGGGGGUUCGAGGUGGGGGACUGUCCCCCAGCAGUGACCUCGCCCCGCCUGGGCCCCACCGCCAGCUGGCUCUUCCCCCUCAGCCCUCCCUCCUAGACUCUGGGCCUCGGAGGGCGCCGCCCAUGGGACAGUCGGGCUCCGAGGGCCUCUCACCUCCGCCCUGCCCGCCCUCCCCUUCGCCCUCUCCCACUCCCGCCCUGGCCCUGAGCUGGGCCCCUGCACCCCCUCAGGGCCCCCUGUAGAGCCCCUGCUGAGCCAGCUCCUUUCUCCCAGGGUCCUCUUCCUGUGCCAAGCAGACUGGGCCCCAUGUGAGCAGCCCCCCGUCAGAGCCCAGCCUGUGCCCCGCACCCUGCCCCAGCCUCUGCCGUGGCUUCAGUCAGGGCCAGGAGGGAUGUGUGAAGAAAAUUAAUUUAGGAGCCAAGGGACUCCCAAUUCUGUGGAAGAGGGUGCCCAUUGGACCUUUGGCACUGGGUGAGCCAAUAAACCGAACCUGGCACCGCA